AAAAAAUACUCUCUAUCACCACACACCCCCACUCUUUCUCUCUCUUUCAUCCACCGCCUCAACAAAAUCCCCUGUGCUUCCGGCUACCGAAUCUUCCCAAACACAGACACACCAGCCGUUUUACCCUCCCUAGUUUUUACCGGACUCGCCGUCUCCGAUCCCUUUACCUCCGCCGUUCACCACCCGUCUCCCUCGCACACCGCCAGGGUUUUUGUUUUAUAUCGAUUAGUUAGGUUUCCGAUCAGUCAUUCGAAAAAACGUUGUGUGUUUGUUUCUCUAUUCUCUCUUAGGGCUUUUUGAGCGAAGACGACGCCCUAUGGCUCCUGGGCGGAAACGUGGAGGAGCAAAAGGAGCCAAGGCAAAGAGUCAGUUAAAUUUGGGCGAUCUUGUUCUUGCUAAGGUCAAGGGUUUUCCUGCAUGGCCUGCCAAGAUCAGCAAGCCUGAAGAUUGGGAACGAACUCCUGAUCCGAAGAAAUAUUUUGUACAGUUCUUUGGUACCGAAGAAAUAGCUUUUGUAGCUCCAGUUGACAUUCAACCAUUCACCAGUGAGUCAAGAAACAAAUUGCUGGCUAGAUGUAAAGGAAAGACGGUCAAAUACUUUUCCCAAGCCGUGAGGGAAAUUUGUGACACAUUUGAAGAUUUGCAGCAUAAAAGUUCAGAUUCUUUGAAAGAUGGUAAUGAUGGAGAAAGUUUUCAACCUGAUGUUAAUUCUACAGAGAUGGUGGAAGAUGGGAUGACUACUGAUGGACCUAGUGGUGAAACAUCUUUUAAUGAUAUUGUAAAUCAUGGCCCUGGAUUAGAACGCUGCUCUCAUAUACACAGGGAAAUGGAUUAUGAGGAUGAAAAGCCUAGCGUCUCACCUAUUGCUAAUGAUGGUUCUUCAUCAGCUGUUUCCACGAAAAAACAAAUUGAACUUUGCAAUGAUGAUGUAAGCUCGCCUAAGGAAAAGAGUAUAUCCAAUUCUAGUGCAGGUCAUAAUAAAAAUUCAAAGCCUGGACUGAAGGUUGAAACUAAUGGGCAGAAGUCAAAGAAGAUUGCUAGAGCUUCAAAGAAAAAACAUGAUGAUGAUGAUGGUGAUGAUGGAAUAAACAACUUUCAUAGCCCAGCAGGUGUCGGUUCUGCUGUUCAAAGCAGUCAUUCUGAAUCAACUGGCAUUGAGAACUCGAAGGAUAUAAUGCGAAAAAAUUCCUCGCAUGGUAGUAAGAAUGAAGGAACUGCAGGUGUAGUAAAGUCAGAAUUUGGCGGUAAUAUUAAAAAACCAAAGAAACUGUUAAAAGAUAAAACACUUGUUGGGGUGGCUGAUGAUUUUUCAACGGACGUUGAAGGUGUCCCUACAGAGCGCAAUAGCGUUGAACGUACUGGAAGGAAAAUGAAGUCUGAACCUGGGGUAGGGAAAGAUAAUGUUCUUAAUAAUGGGGUUCUGCAUCCUACAAAAAGGUCCAAGUGCUCGGAUGAUGUGCCGAAGAGGUCCCAUACACAGAGGAAAAAUGAUGUGUCAGGCAAAGGAGGUAAUGAAGAAUUUAAAAAGUCGACACCGAGUUUGAAAACAAAAAACCGCUUGGCAUCCAAGGGGCAGAUGAAUGGCAUUGAUUCUGGAGUUCUUGGUGAUGAAGAUGUUCUACCACCUGCAAAACGGCGUCGAGCAAUUGAGGCUGUGUCUGGUUCUACUUUAAUGUCUGAAGAUAGAAUAGCUGAAAGCUCUAUUACACCUAAAAAGGGGGGAAACUCGGAUGCUGUUAGAAACGUUCCUCAAAUGCCCAUGAAGAGGAGAGCUGUUCGCAUCUGUGAUGAUGAUGAAGAUGAACCCAAGACUCCCGUGCAUGGAGGGUCAGCAAAAGGAGCUGGAGUUGAUGGAGUUCCGCACAUUUCAGUGCCGGUUGAAGAAGGCGCUGCAGCAACUGAAACUAUUCAAGCUUCUCCUAGUGUGAGAAACUUAAGUGUGAAUGCAAAAGAAGAAGUGCCAUCAUCUAAGCAAUUUGCUCAGCCUUCACCUAAUUCUCGGCAAGAUAUUACAGAAAUAGUUGAGAGGCAGUUCUCUAAUAGUCCUGGGAAAGCAGAAUCUGAAAAGAAAUCAUCUGAAGAGGUUAUAAAGGUUUUGGUCUCUCCCAUCAAGUCUCCUGUGAUGGUUGAUUCUUACAACCCAACGGUAGAACCUCUUAAAGUGAACAAGCCUGUAGGCAAGGUCUCUGGUAAUGUUUCACAAAAGAAGGGUCAAGCAGGAUCCUUUAAGGCCUCAAGUGGGAUUUAUGAUGGUGGGCAUCGCUCUCAAAAUAAUGCAGUAAAUGAGAGAAAUAGGCCCGUUAUUUCUGGGGAGAAGCAGAAAUCUACUCCAAAAUCAACAUCACGAGUGGUUGAUUCUGCAGCUGUCUUGAGGAAACCUAGUGAAAGCAACUUGUUUUCUAGCGAAAGGUUAGAAUAUGUUCGAGGGGAUCGAACAACUUCAUUGGCUCAUUCAAGAAAUGCAGACUCAAAUAAGUCAAUGAAGCAUCUGAUUGCAGUUGCCCAGGCAAAAAGAAAACAAGCUCAAUCACAAAACUUUGUGCAUGACGGUCUUAAUUAUUCACAGAUCACCACCACUGAAGCAAUCAUUAGAAGUCCUGGCUCUAGUUUUGUUGUUCAGCCCAUUCCCGCAGGUCCUGGAAUUAUGGUUCAAACAGAUGGACAAGGAUACGGUUCUCAGACAUCACUUGCUUCUCCAUCUUCUCGUGUGCAUCAUUAUAUGUCAAAUGAUCAGCCUGAUACUGCUGAAUUUGAGGAGACAAGGACCAGUUCAGGACAUCGCCCUGCUGGGGGUUCCCUUAGUGGUGGAACUGAGGCAGCUGUUGCUCGUGAUGCUUUUGAAGGGAUGAUUGAAACACUAUCAAGAACAAAAGAAAGCAUCGGCCGUGCAACACGACAUGCAAUCGACUGUGCAAAGCAUGGCAUUGCCAAUGAGGUUGUGGAACUUCUUACCCGUAAGUUGGAAAGUGAAUCCAGCUUCCAUCGAAGAGUGGAUCUUUUCUUUCUGGUGGAUUCUAUUACUCAGUGCUCACAUUCACAAAAAGGCAUUGCUGGUGCCUCUUAUAUCCCUAUCGUCCAAGCUGCAUUACCUCGUCUUUUAGGAGCUGCUGCUCCGCCAGGUGCUAAUGCUCGCGAGAAUCGUCGGCAAUGCCUAAAGGUUCUAAAAUUGUGGCUUGAGAGGAAAAUCUUACCUGAUUCUCUACUUCGGAGCUGUAUAGAGGACAUCGGAACUUCAAAUGACGAUGCUUCUACUGGGUUCUUCUCCAAGCGUCCAUCUCGAUCGGAACGGGCUGUUGAUGAUCCUAUUAGAGAGAUGGAGGGCAUGCUUGUUGAUGAAUAUGGGAGCAAUGCGACGUUUCAAUUGCCUGGAUUUUUGUCAACUAAUGUCUUUGAAGAAGAUGAUGAUGACAUUCUAAACUUUACACAUAAAGAAGGGAUUGGUAAAUCAACACUAGAGCUAAAUCCUUCGUCAGGAGAACUUGAAAAUUGUUCAGUAACUCCCAAUGACAGACGCCACUGCAUCUUGGAGGAUGUUGAUGGUGAACUUGAAAUGGAAGAUGUGUCUGGACACCCAAAAGAUGAAAAAUUCUUGACAGUUGGUUCCUAUAAGGCUGUACAACUGGAGGAAAUGUCAGACAGGACAAUGGAUGCGGGCUCAAAUAAUUCCAAUGAGGUAUCCCCUCUCCGUGAGGAUUCCCCACCGCUGCCUCUUGAUUCUCCCCCUCCCACUCCUCCUUUGCCUUCUUCACCACCGCCACCUAUGUCACCCAUGGUGCCGCCACCUCCAUCAUCUCCAUCGCCUCAACCCCCACCUCCACCUCCACCUCCUCCCCCGCCUCCAUCACAAACAUAUCCUCUUCAGCCAUCUAAUGCAGGUCCACCACAGACGUUUCCUCAAACAUCACUGCCUCUUCAAGCAUUGCCUCCUCAGACUUCUACAACACCUCAACACGUGCACCAAUAUCAGUCGUCUAUGCCAUCCAAUGUAUCUUUGAACACUCGUCUUGGAGCUCACGUUGAUGCUGCAGUCAGAGGUGAAAUGUUCCCCCAGCAACCAUCAUGCUUUGUGCCGGCUGUAGCCUCCAGUUCCCGUGAACCUUCUGGAUUUAAUUCUUCAAGGACCGUAGAAUAUGGACAUGAAACUUAUACAAAUCCUCAGGGUUCUCAAUCAAAUCAGCAGUUCCAAGCCGCCAAUGUACCUUUGCCUCCAAGAGCGUUCCAACCUCCGAUGCUUCCUCAAACUGCAGCUGGUCAAUUUCAAUAUCCCAAGCCUGCAAUGCUGCAGCAUCCAUACCCCCCUCUAUAUGGAUUAACAAAGCCUCCUGAUGGGCCGAGGAGAUAUGGGGCUGAUGAGCAAUGGAGACCGGCUUCAAAUGAAUUCAGCACUGAUAAUCAACGUGGUGCAUGGAUAAGUAGUGGGAGAACUUCACUGUCCUCGGGUCCUCCCUUCACUCAGGAAGGUUACUUUCGACCACCUAUGGAGAGACCCCCAACAAAUAAUGUUGGUUUUCAACCCACGGGCCAAAAUAUAGUUCCAGCCGGAGCUCCAAUUCCAGGCCAUAGUGGUUCGCUGAUGAUGCCAUGUAGGCCAGACAUUAAUUCUUGGAGACCAGCUUAAGAAAGCUGCAGCUAGGACAUUGAUACCUUUAUAGGUGGUGACUUGGGUUGAAAUAUGUCAUAAAGCUUGGAAGAUUCGGUGCCUUUUUGUUUGCAUAUCUACUACCAGUUGAUGAAGUUGUGAAGGCCCUUUGCAGGAUUGUAUAUUGUAGUUUUGUCUUGGCAAAUGCUUCCCAGACACAUUUACUGAGUGUAAGCCCGCAUCACUCAUUUCAUACCUCUUCAUUCAACUAAUGUAAACUAGAUAUACUAUAUAAAUCAUUUAUCUUUAGAACAAAAUGAGUUACUAGUCCAAGCCAGUUUACAACCUGGCUGAAAUAGAAAUGGAAAACACCUUCUAUGGUGGGUUUUAAAUCCUCUUUUUAUGUUCCCACAUGGAUUUGAAAUUUUUUCGUGUUGGAAUAUUACUGUUUUUGUUUCUCUUUGACUUACUUUUCACUAUGCUCCACUUAUUACUGUUCAUACAUGGGACAAACCUGUCAUUUCACCUGUGGACUUUUCUGGUUGUUUGCCAAAGAUGAAUCAUUUUUUUUUGUAUUUCUAUGUUUAAGUUUUGUUGGCCCCCAUUAUUUUCAUGUUCUUUCUUGGCCAUAAAGUUGCGGGUUAUUUUAAUACUCGAAUGGUCUAAGAUUCUUUUAAAUUUUUUGGUGUUGAUCUG